AGUAGUUAGUUGUUAGUUUAAGUAGUUAGUUUAGUUAGUUAAGUUGGUAAUUUAGGCUGCUGAAUCGUGAAUCGAAUCGGUAAAUGAAUUGCCGUUAAUGUAUCGGAUUAUGAUUUACCGUUAUUAUACCGGAAUUUGAUUUACCGUUAUAGGGUCGGUUAUUGAUUUACCGUUUUUGUUCCAGGGAUGACAGAGUCCUUUUUCUUUGGUGAAUCACAAUUGAUACAUGCUGCUGGAUUGGAAAAUGAUAAUCCAGAGGAGCAACCAUCACUAGCUGAACCUCCGAUUAUAUCUAUAGAUGUCUCUCAUUUGUAUCAUACUGAUCAGCGUUUCCCUUUGAAAGAUGAUCUUAUGAAAUGGGUUCGCGACAUUUCUAUGGCAAAUAAUUUUGUUUUGGUGACAACAAAGUCUGAUAGUGGUGCGAAGGGAAGAAAAGAAUAUGUCAUUCUGGGGUGUGAGAAGCAUGGUGCGUAUAUUCCCUACAGAGAACCGGAUCUUGUUGAAGGAACGUCAACACAAAAGACAGGUUGUCCUUUUAGGCUAAAAGGACGACGUACGAAAGAUGAUAAAGGUUGGUGGUUGAAGGUGAUGGACGGUAGACACAUCCAUCUCGCAGCUGAGUCACUAGUUGGCCACAAUUACGCUGGUAGACUGAAUAGUGAGGCGAAGGAGGACGUGAUAAAUCAGGCUAAGACUUGGGUUCCACCUAGAAAGAUGUUGGCGUCCUUGAAGGAAAAAGAUCCUUCAAACUUGACUACCAUCCAACAAAUUUAUGGUGUUUGCAAGCGGUUCAGACAAUCCGUUCGUGGGUCACUGACAGAGAUACAAUACUUGCUGAAGAAGUUGGACGGUGAGAAGUAUGUUCACUUCGAACGAAAUGAACCCGGAUCGGAAGUGAUUAGAGAUAUAUUUUGGGCUCAUCCGAAUGCCGUCAAACUUGUCAACACAUUCCCAUAUGUAGUGAUCAUGGAUUGCACAUACAAGACCAGCAAAUACAAACUACCCUUGCUCGAGAUUGUUGGCCUGACCUCCACGGAUAAAACAUACUCAAUAGCAUUCUGUUACAUUGGCAGUGAGACCACAGAGGACUACAUUUGGGCAUUGGAGUGUAUGAAGUCUCUGAUUUCCGACCAAUCCAGGUUGCCUAGAGUGAUUGUGACGGACAGAGAUCUUGCUUUAUUGAGUGCUGCUUCACAAAGCCUUCCCACCACCACCCAUUUACUAUGCUUGUGGCACAUCAACAAGUGUGUUUUGGCAAAGUGCAAAGAGUAUGUUGGCACGGAUGAUUUUGCUCAAGAGGUUAUGGACAAGUGGGCCGAAUUGGUAGAUGCUCCAACAGUUCCAGAAUUUGAAGCUCAUUGGAUUGAAUUGUUUAACAUGUGCAAGCAUAAACACAAGUUGAAAUUUGCCACUUAUUGUUCUACUACAUGGUUGGUCCACAAGCAGAAAUUUGCCAAGGCAUGA